UCUCUAUUCAUCUUCGAGAAGAAAGUAGCUGAGAAACUGCACAAGCCAAAAAGACGCGAAAUGGUGGCUGAACUUCUGAGGCGUGACCUUGACAAUAUGGGGAAGGUCAGACACAACAAGGUCAUCAAAAUGCUACAUCCGGUCGAGGAGUGCAACUCAAGCAUAGCCUUCGCCAGUGAACCAAUCAGAGCGAGUCUCACGAACUUGAUGGGGAAUUAUGACAAAUUGCCACUGGCCGUUCAAAUGGAUUUGAAGGUCCAUUAUAACAAAUUGAGAUUAUGA